AUGUUCGAUCGUCUUCUGUCGCAAUUCGGCCGUAAGCGUGUCGCUUCGGAAAGUGUUGCCACUCAACAACAGCUCACUGACAGAACCAACGUCUACACGGUUAAACCACAAGAUCCACUUCUUGACAAGAAGCAAAAGAUGACACCGGUGCAAAAAGUGUGUCUAAAGUGCCUUGCUGGUGAGAGUGGCCACAUCACACAUGUUCUCUCCAGUCUCUCGAAUUGAGAGCUCAAAAAUUCAAUCUGUAUCAUUUUAUUACUUUUUCACUUUUCUUUUCUUUGCUAAGUGUUAAUUUAUCUAUGUUGUUUUUAUCUCUUUCCCAAAGAGCAUUAUCUUGUUGUUUUCAUUUUCCAUCUUAAUUGGCAAACCAUUUGUACAUAUGUACUUGUAUUUCAAAUCCCCGUUUCCCUCCAUUCUUCAUAUGCAGUAAGUACAACUACCACCAUAAUUUCGAAAAUGUUUCGAAAAAUUAUUUCAUUUCAAAAUAAAUUGUUUUGAUU